UCAGGUUAGUGUGCGCUGCGGGUGCUGGGGGCUCGAGAACCGAGCGGAGCGGGUUGAGCCUUCAAAGUCCUAAAACGCGCGGCCGUGGGUUCGGGGUUUAUUGAUUGAAUUCCGCCGGCGCGGGAGCCUCUGCAGAGAGAGCAAACGAGAGAUGGAAAUGGACAAACGGAUUCAUUUAGAGCUGCGGAACAGGACGCCCUCUGAUGUGAAAGAGCUUGUUCUGGACAACUGUCGGUCGAUUGAAGGUAAAAUCGAAGGCCUCACAGAUGAAUUUGAAGAACUGGAGUUCUUAAGUACAAUCAACGUAGGCCUCACCUCAGUCGCAAACUUACCAAAGUUAAACAAACUUAAGAAGCUUGAACUAAGCGAUAACAGAAUCUCAGGGGGCCUGGAAGUAUUGGCAGAAAAGUGUCCGAACCUCACACAUCUAAACUUAAGUGGCAACAAAAUUAAAGACCUCAGCACAAUAGAGCCACUGAAAAAGUUAGAAAACCUCAAGAGCUUAGACCUUUUCAAUUGUGAGGUAACCAACCUGAACGACUACCGAGAAAACGUGUUCAAGCUCCUCCCACAACUCACGUAUCUCGAUGGCUACGACCGGGACGACAAGGAGGCCCCUGACUCGGAUGCCGAGGGCUAUGUGGAGGGCCUGGACGACGAGGAGGAGGACGAGGACGAGGAAGAAUACGAUGAAGAUGCUCAGGUAGUAGAAGACGAGGAGGACGAGGAGGAGGAGGAGGAAGGUGAAGAGGAGGACGUGAGUGGAGAGGAGGAGGAGGAUGAAGAAGGUUAUAACGACGGGGAAGUAGAUGACGAGGAAGACGAAGAAGAUCUUGGUGAAGAAGAAAGGGGUCAGAAGCGAAAACGAGAGCCUGAAGAUGAGGGGGAAGAUGAUGACUAAGCGGAAUAACCUAUGUUGAAAAAUUCCGAUUGUGAUUUGACUGUUUUUACCCGCACCCCCUUCCCCCAACCCUGCUGCCCCCCAACCCCGAGACUUAUUUUUUUCUGAUUGUAAUGUUGCUGUGGGAACGAGAGGGGAAAAGUGUACUGGGGGUUAUGGGGAGGGGGAGGGGGGCGGGAGAGGGUGGAAUAAAAUACUAUUUUUACUGCCACUCUUUAUUUUUCUUUCCCCUACUUUUUCUCUGUGUCUGGUUCAGUCCCUGUAAAUGCAAUCGCUGAGGACACACGGAGUGAGCGUUUGUUCCUUACUCGCAAAGAGGAUGGUUUGGAGGUCUUACAUUUCCUGGUAUUUCCCGUAUCUCGUGAGUUGGUUGGAAGCCCGUGGCUGGCCUCCGUUGGUUACUAGUCGAAGCCCAGGAGAGGCUGAGCACCGGCUGUAUCUUAAGGCUUGUUCUGGAUCAGAUGACUUCGCAUUUCUUGGGCCUGCUAGAGGCAUCGGUCACUCGGGUUUGUAAAUAGUAACCUAAAGGCGUAUUUUGGCACUGGUUUGGGGAUAAUCCCCAUCUCCCCCCGCCCCUCCCGGCUCAGAUGGUGGUGGGCUUUGCUGUACAAAGAGGACUCUGAUGUUACACUGAUGUUUCAGCUAGAGAGCUGAGAACAGCAGGCUUACAAGUCAUAAGUAAAAUGAAUUUGAUGAUUACAAUUAAAAGAGAAGAAGCAAACCCUCAAACUUCAACCUCUUUAAAAGGAAAAAAAAAAAAAACUUGCCCUGUCUUGGUCUGUAAAAUACUAGAACUCUUUGUUUUACAAAAUGACAAGAGGAUUCUUCCACGUGUACUUCUGUGCUCAGAACAUUUUUACGGGCCUAACUAAGUACAGGAGACGUUGCUGCAUGUCGGCUGGGUUUUUUUUUUUUUUUUUUUUCAUACACCCAAGCACGGAAAACUAAUGCAAAAUUGUAUUUUCUUACCUAGUGAAAAUCUGAAAUGACUGCAAAUUCCUAGUGAAUGUACAGGUUGGCUUUUACGUCCCUCUUCUGGAUUGCUGUAGAAGUGACGUGUUAUUUCCUAGCCCGUGUUUCACCUGUAUAAAAAACAUCUGCACCCGUUCUUCUCCUCUCCCUCAGAGGAGCCAAACUUUGAGUUCUAUGUCUGUCUGUCAUUGAUAAAUUUCAAUAAAUCUUUUUAUACAAUU